AUGUCUGCUGAGAAGUUAAGAGACUUGAGUCAGCCGAUUGACGUUGGUUUACUCGAUGCGACUGUUGAGGCCUUUUACGCUACUGGAUCUAAGGAAGAAAGAGCUGCUGCGGAUAAUAUAUUGCGGGAUUUGAAAGCUAAUCCUGAUACUUGGCUUCAAGUGGUUCACAUUCUACAGAGCACCAGGAGUACGCAUACCAAAUAUUUUGCACUUCAGGUGCUAGAAGGUGUUAUAAAAUAUAGGUGGAAUGCAUUGCCUGUUGAACAACGUGAUGGGAUGAAAAACUACAUAUCUGAAGUGAUUGUGCAGCUCUCAAGGGAUGAAGCGUCUUUCAGAUCGGAAAGGCUUUAUGUCAACAAGUUAAACAUCAGCUUGGUUCAGAUUGUGAAACAAGAGUGGCCUGCAAAGUGGAGAAGCUUUAUUCCGGAUCUAGUGAAUGCUGCUAAAACUAGCGAAACUAUAUGUGAGAACUGCAUGGCUAUAUUGAAACUCCUAAGUGAAGAGGUUUUUGAUUUCUCAAAAGGAGAGAUGACUCAGCAAAAGAUAAAACAACUGAAAGAGUCUCUAAACAGCGAGUUUCAACUCAUUCACGAAUUAUGCCUAUAUGUUCUCUCAGCUUCCCAAAGACAAGAGCUGAUACGUGCAACACUCUCUGCAUUGCAUGCCUAUCUUUCUUGGAUUCCGUUAGGCUAUAUUUUUGAGUCCCCCUUGCUGGAGACCCUCCUUAAAUUCUUCCCUGUGCCAGCAUAUAGGAAUCUCGCUCUUCAAUGUCUGUCAGAGGUUGCAGCUCUUAAUUUUGGGGACGUAUACAACUUGCAAUAUGUCAAAAUGUACAGCAUUUUCAUGAAACAGUUGCAGGCAAUUCUUCCUUUAAAUUUAAAUAUCCCUGAGGCAUAUUCAACUGGAAGUAGUGAAGAACAGGCUUUUAUCCAGAACUUGGCACUGUUUUUCACAUCAUUUUUCAAGUCACAUAUACAAAUCCUAGAAUCUGCUCCCGAAAAUAUAUCUUUAUUAUUUGCGGGUCUGGAAUAUCUCAUUAACAUAUCAUAUGUUGAUGACACUGAAGUAUUCAAGGUUUGUUUGGACUAUUGGAAUUCAUUAGUUGUGGAGUUGUAUGGGACGCGUCAUCAUUUCGGUCACCCUGCACUAACUCCAAGUCUGUUUGGAUUGAAAAUGAAUUUCCUUCCUCGUACGGUUAAUGGUGUCAAACCUGAAGUCACGGAUCGGCAUAAACUUUAUUCUGAUCCAACGUCAAAAUUAAGGGGACUCAUGAUUAGUCGCAUGGCUAAGCCUGAAGAAGUUCUAAUUGUUGAGGACGAAAAUGGGAACAUUGUCCGUGAAACAAUGAAGGAUAAUGAUGUUCUUCUCCAGUAUAAGAUAAUGCGGGAGACGUUAAUCUACCUCUCACACCUUGAUCAUGAUGAUACCGAACGACAGAUGUUGAGUAAGCUAAGCAAACAGUUAAGCGGGGAGGAAUGGGGAUGGAACAAUCUGAACACUUUAUGCUGGGCUAUCGGGUCUAUUUCUGGUUCCAUGGGAGUAGAACAGGAAAACAGAUUUCUGGUGAUGGUUAUACGGGAUUUGUUAAGUUUAUGUGAAGUUGUCAAGGGAAAAGACAAUAAAGCUGUUAUUGCAAGCAACAUCAUGUAUGUAGUUGGACAGUAUCCAAGAUUCUUAAGGGCCAAUUGGAAGUUUCUGAAAACAGUUGUUCAUAAGCUGUUUGAAUUCAUGCAUGAGACGCAUCCUGGUGUUCAGGACAUGGCUUGUGAUACAUUCUUAAAGAUUGUUGAGAAGUGCAGACGCAAAUUCGUUAUUGUUCAGGUUGGAGAAAGUGAGCCAUUUGUAUCUGAGCUUUUAUCAGGCCUUGCUACAACUGUUGGACAUCUUGAGCCUUAUCAGAUUCACACAUUUUAUGAAUCUGUUGGUAGUAUGAUCCAGGCAGAAUCAGAUCCUCAGAAGAGGGGUGAAUACCUCCAGAGGUUGAUGGCUCUCCCAAAUGAGAAAUGGGCAGAAAUCAUAGGACAAGCACGUCAAAGUGCUGAUAUACUGAAAGACCCAGAUGUGAUACGCACGGUGCUUAAUAUCCUCCAGACAAAUACGAGCGUUGCAACUUCACUAGGAACAUACUUUUUAUCUCAAAUUUCGUUGAUCUUCUUGGAUAUGCUGAACGUUUACAGAAUGUACAGUGAACUCGUGUCAAGCAACAUUGCUGAUGGUGGUCCAUAUGCUUCGAGGACAUCUUUUGUUAAACUUCUAAGGUCUGUUAAGAGGGAAAUUCUUAAGCUGAUAGAAACUUUUUUAAACAAAGCUGAAAGCCAGCCGCACAUUGGAAAACAAUUUGUUCCACCAAUGAUGGAUCCUGUACUUGGUGACUAUGCAAGAAAUGUUCCGGAUGCAAGGGAAUCAGAAGUUCUAUCACUCUUUGCGACGAUAAUAAACAAGUACAAGGUUGUAAUGCAAGAUGAGGUGCCUCACAUUUUUGAAGCUGUUUUCCAGUGCACUUUGGAGAUGAUUACUAAGAAUUUUGAAGAUUAUCCAGAGCACCGCCUCAAGUUUUUCUCGUUACUUCGUGCUAUUGCUACACAUUGUUUCCGUGCCUUGAUACAGUUGUCAAGUGAGCAACUGAAGCUAGUGAUGGAUUCAGUAAUCUGGGCAUUUAGGCAUACCGAAAGAAAUAUCGCUGAAACUGGGCUUAUCCUCUUGCUGGAGAUGCUGAAAAAGUUUCAGAAAUCUGACUUUUGUAACCAAUUCUACCGGACAUAUUUUAUGCAAAUUGAGCAAGAAAUAUUUGCCGUCCUGACAGAUACCUUCCAUAAGCCAGGGUUCAAGUUGCAUGUGUUGGUGCUACACCAUCUAUUUAACCUGGUUGAGAGUGGUUCUUUGACGGAACCUUUGUGGGAUACUGCAACAGUACCUCAUCCGUAUACAAGUAAUGCGGCUUUUGUUUGUGAAUACACCAUCAAGCUUCUAAGCUCAUCAUUUCCCAACAUGACUACAUCAGAGGUGACGUUGUUCGUGAAUGGACUUUACAAGACAAGAAGCAGCCGAGACAGGUUUAAGAAUAACAUACGUGACUUUCUAAUACAGUCCAAGGAAUUUUCUGCUCAGGAUAACAAAGAUUUGUAUGCUGAGGAAGCUGCUGCUCAGGUGGAGAUAGAGAGACAAAUAAUGCUUUCGAUUCCUGGUCUUAUUGCUCCCAAUGAGAUUCAAGACGAAAUGGCUGAUUCUUAG